ACAUCCGUCAAAAGAUUAGGGAAGACAUUUUGUAAGGAACUUCUUUUGUAAAGUUGUAAUUCGAUAAAAAUGCCGGUUGAAAAUCUCGAAGAAGAAGGCUUACCAAAAAAUCCUAACCUUGAACUAGCUGCCUGGCGUUUUACUAUAACGAAUCCUGAUGGGAAAGACAAAGAAGAAGCGAAGAAAAGACUUUUGGAUGCUAUCAAAGAAAACGACAUGGCACCAUUCUAUGAAGAGCUCUGUACCGAUUUGAAGUGGCCCGUAGAUAACUCACUGUUGGCAAAGAUGCAGUCUAACAAUGAGGAGACAUUCAAGAAGCUUGAUGAGACCCUAAAAGAUGCAGAGGAAAACUUAGGAGAAACAGAAAUCAGAGAUGCUCUGUAUGCAAAAGCAGAGCAUCUCUGUAAGAUUGGCGAUAAGGAAAAGGCCUUGAGUGUUUUCCGCUUGGCUUAUGACAAAGCUGUAGCACUUGGGUACAAGCUGGAUAUUAUUUUCUACCAGAUUCGCAUUGGACUCUUUUAUUUGGACAAUGAUUUGAUUACCAGGAGUAUAGACAAAGCCAAAACGUUAAUAGAAGAGGGUGGAGAUUGGGAUCGCCGCAACAGGCUCAAAGUAUACCAGGGAAUUUACUUUUUAUCAAUCCGAGACUUCAAGUCCGCAGCCAACAAUUUCCUAGAUAGCAUUUCCACAUUUACAUCUUAUGAACUGAUGGACUACAAGACAUUUGUCACAUAUACUGUACUUGCAAGCAUGAUUGCAUUGGAGAGGGUAGACCUCAGAACAAAGGUUGUGAAUGGUGCUGAAAUCCUUGAGGUUCUCCAUCAGCUUCCUGUUGCAAGCCAGUUUCUGUUGUCCCUGUAUAACUGUCAUUAUGCAGACUUCUUUCUUGCAUUAGCAAAGAUUGAGGACUUUCUCAAGCAGGAUAGAUUACUGUCUCCACACUGCAGAUACUACAUCAGGGAGAUGAGAAUUCAUGCCUACACACAACUGCUGGAGUCAUACCGCAGUCUUACUGUGCAAUACAUGGCUAAUGCUUUUGGAGUUAGUGAGGAGUUCAUUGACAAAGAACUUUCAAGGUUUAUCGCAGCGGGAAGACUGAACUGCAAAAUUGACAAAGUUGGGGGAGUUGUCGAAACCAACAGACCGGAUCAUAAGAACUGGCAGUACCAGGCCACCAUAAAACAGGGAGAUUUGCUUCUAAACAGAAUCCAGAAACUCAGCCGAGUUAUUAACAUGUAGGAAGAUGAUAACUUACUGGAUGGAAUAUAAAAGACAAGAACUUUAAUUUCCUCCAAACAAACUGUUAAGAUCCAGAAUUUCGGUUAUUUAAUAUGCUUUUUGGAACAAUGCACAUCAGUUGACUAUGUAGACAACAUUUUCCCUAACAAAAAUUAAAAAAGCCAUUGUUUGGAUACGAUAAUGGUUUAAGUAUGCAUAAUA